AUGUUAUGUAUUGCAGUCUCCAUAUUUAUCAUAUUGCAAUUCACUGUAUUAACAAUCUCAUCAAAUGACGUCAUUGACCUAGAUCAACCAGAUCAAAAAGUAUUAAAUUAUUCAGAGAUUUCAAUUUAUCAAUUAUCAUUGCAAGAGAUAAAUGAAAAUUUAUUAUCAUCAAUAUUUUAUCAUAAUCCAAAAUCAAUAAUAUAUAUAAUUGAAACAAAUAAUAGUAUAGUUCCAAUAGAUGAAAUUUUAUAUUCAUCAAUAAUUGAAAAUUCCCAAAGGAAAGAAUUAAAUUAUUUAGAAAUUCAAAUAAAUUUUCAAAAUUUACCAAUAGAUUCAUCAGAGUUCAAUUAUAUACCUAUAUCACCAUGUAUAUCAAGUAAUUCAUUUGAAUUAGAUGCUCCAUUAAUGGGGAUAGCAUUAACUCAUAGAUUUAUAAUAUCAACUAGAUUUAUGACAACAAUAGGAGAAUCAAUAAGUAUUAAAGGUUCAUUAAAUCCAUUUGCAUAUUAUUAUUAUUUUUUAUAUUAUUUAAAUGAUUCAUCAAUUGCAAUAAAUUUACAAGAAAGAUCAAAAUUAAAAUAUUCAAAAGAAAAAGAUUUUGAUUAUUUUUUAGCUUGUUAUUCAACUCAUUUUGCUUCAAGAUUAUUUGGUUAUAUAUCACUAAUAAAGAUUACUCCAUUAAUUAGAUUAAUUAAUUUUAAUAAAUUAAAAAAUAAAGUUGAUAUUAGUAGGAUUUGGAUAAAGCAUAAAUCAAGAUUAAUUAUAGACAAUAAUGAAAUUAAUCCAAAUCGUAUUGUUUGUGAUGUUGGUACAAGAGAUUAUUUAAAAUGUGAUGAAAAUAAAGGUACUAUAAGAGAUGGAAAUGGGAAUGAAAUUAUAUGGGAAAAUGAAUAUUAG